CUCAACCCAACAGUGCCACUAAGGUGAUUAAAAACCCCAGCAACACUGAUAAAGAUGAUAAUGAUGUGAAUAUCAUACCAUUCAUUCAUCACAGUCACUAGAUCUGAACCCAGAUUAAGUAUAUAAUUAUAUAAAUACAGUCCUUAGUUAAAAUACUAAGGGAAUGCCGUUCAUUUUUCCAGUAUAGUUCCAGAGACUGUUAUAAUCUGUGCCAAGGAGCAAAGACGCUUUCCUUUAAGCUUGCGGUGCCCGACCACCUAGCUAAGACACUUAAUGCUGUUUUUUCUUUAAUUAGUCUCUCAUCUGUAUGUAUCUGUAAGUAGUUUCCUAUAUCCGGGGUGUGGUGUGUGGGGUGUCUGUAAAACCAAGCUAGAUGUGUUGUGCUAAAGUAUUGUGCUAUUAUUAAAACACACUACUUCAUCCAGAUGUUUCUUUGAAGUUUCAUUCGUUUCAUUCGCAUAAAUCUUUACUGUGCAACACCAUCCCUUGGCUUGCUGUGAAAAAUCUAAUUAAACCAUAAAACUACACUUUUAUCUCCACUCUCAAAAUUGUGCUUCUUAAGAUUGUUGAGGUUGUCUGUGUACAGCCAUAUAAAGUGUAAAACUUCAGAAUGGAUUCAUGAAGACUGAAAUCAGAUGGAGCUCUUGCAUGAUAGUAUUUUAAGGCAGUCUCUUAUCAGUUACACUACACCCUCAUGAGAACUUGGGUCAUCAUAGGAGAACAUUUUUACAGCCUGCAAUAGCCCGAUGCUACAAGAUACAGAUAUCAAAUUUAAAGAAGAAAAAACACCCAACAGCAUAGUGUAUGUCUCAGGAGGAUAAGAACAAGCUGAAGAAGUGCCAGGAACCAUAAUUUAAUUAUGCAACUUGAUACACUGAUAAUGUUUGGAGCUGAGCCAUGUGGAUUCUCUGUGUCUGUCUGCCUUUUCCUUCUCUUCUUGGUUCUUCUGUACUGGUAUUCCACCUUCCCAUAUUCAGUCUUGCAGCGAUGUGGCAUCCGACACCCCAAACCGACUCCGUUCAUCGGGAACUUGAUGCUGUUUCGACAUGAUUUUUUCAAAGCUCAGAAGGACCUCAUCAACCAGUACGGCCGAGUAUGUGGUUAUUAUCUAGCCAGACUUCCAGUGGUGGUGAUAGCUGACCCAGACAUGCUCAGACAGGUUAUGGUGAAGGAGUUUCAUAACUUCCCAAACAGAGCGAUAUUGAAGACGGUUGUAAAGCCAAUGUCGGACAGUCUGGUCAUGCUGAGGGAUGAACCCUGGAAGCGAGUGCGCAGCAUCUUAACGCCAUCAUUCAGCACAGCCAAGAUGAAAGAGAUGGUCCCUCUUAUCCAUGAAGCUACAGAAACAUUACUGAAGAACCUGAAGAAUUAUGCAGAGACUGGAGAGAGCUUCGACAUCCACAGGUGUUUUGGUUGCUUCACUAUGGAUGUAAUAGCAAGUGUGGCGUUUGGCAUGCACGUGGACUCCCAGAAUAACCCCAAUGACCCAUUUGUGCACUACGCCUCCAAGUUCUUUGCCUUCUCUGUUUUCAAUCCAGUCAUGUUCAUCUUCAUGACUUUCCCGUUCCUGAUUGGGCCGCUUCAUGGUUUGAUGAAAGAUACAGAUAGAAGUGAGAUGAACAAGUUCUUCACCAGCUGUAUUCAGAAACUUAUAAAACAGAGGGAUGAGUUGCCACCCAGUCAGAGGCGGAGAGACUUCCUACAGAUGAUGCUGGAUGUGAGGAGCAGUAAGGAGUGUGUGUCCCUCGAUCACUUUGACGUCGUCAAUCAAGCAGACGAGGAAGUUGUGCUUGACGGAAAGACAGAAAGCUGCCACAAAUUAAAAAGAAUGAUGACGGAGGAUGAGAUCAUAGGCCAGGCCUUCCUCUUCCUCGUCGCUGGCUAUGAAACGAGCAGUAACACGCUCUCGUUCAUUUGCUACCUCCUGGCCAUCCACCAGGACUGUCAGAAGAAAGUACACAGAGAGGUGGACAACUUCUUCAGCAGACACGGCUCAGUAGAUUACACUAACAUCCAGGAGCUGAAGUAUUUAGACAUGGUGGUGUGUGAGGCUCUGAGAAUGUAUCCACCUGCAUUUAGAUAUGCACGGACUAUCGAGCACGACUGUGUGGUGAAUGGACAGUCCCUGCCAAAAGGAGCUACACUAGAGAUCCCAGCAGGCUUCCUGCAUUAUGACCCAGAGCACUGGCAGGAGCCUGAGAAAUUCAUACCUGAAAGGUUUACCCCCGAAGCCAAGGCCAGUCGACACCCUUUUGUGUACAUGCCUUUUGGAGCAGGACCUCGCAGCUGUGUGGGCAUGAGAAUGGCCCAGCUUGAGAUAAGGAUGGCACUGGCCAACAUCUUUAAAUCAUUUAAUGUGGUGGCAUGUCAGGACACUGAGGUUCCUCUUACAUUAAAGUCGAACACCACGCUCGGACCCAAGAAUGGAGUUUUUGUCAAAAUUACCAAGAGAGAGAAUUUUGAUGAUGCUUUCUAAAGUGAUUUGAGAAAAAAAGAAAACUUCUAUGUCAAGAUUAUGAUUUGCAUAAUGUUGUAUACUGAACAGCUUUUAAUAAAGUUUACUGUAUAAAGUA